AUGGUUUUAUCUGAUAAGGAAUUAUUCGACAUAAACAAGAAAGCCGUGGAACAAGGUUUCAAAAUCAAACCAAGAUUAAAUUAUAACACGGUCAAUGGUGUGAAUGGGCCCCUAGUCAUCUUAGAAAAAGUCAAAUUCCCACGUUACAACGAAAUUGUCAACUUAACAUUACCAGACGGAUCCAUUAGACAAGGUCAAGUUCUAGAAGUUAGAGGUGAUAGAGCCAUUGUUCAAGUGUUUGAAGGUACUUCUGGUAUUGAUGUUAAGAAGACCACUGUGGAAUUUACUGGUGAGAAUUUGAAAAUUCCUGUCUCUGAAGAUACUUUAGGUAGAAUUUUCGAUGGGUCAGGUAGACCAAUUGAUAACGGUCCAAAAGUUUUCGCUGAGGAUUAUUUGGAUAUUAAUGGGUCUCCUAUUAAUCCUUAUGCUCGUAUAUAUCCGGAAGAAAUGAUUUCUACUGGUAUUUCAGCUAUUGAUACUAUGAAUUCUAUCGCCAGAGGUCAAAAGAUUCCAAUCUUUUCCGCAUCUGGGUUGCCUCAUAAUGAAAUUGCUGCACAAAUUUGUAGACAAGCUGGGUUAGUUAGACCAACAAAGGAUGUUCAUGAUGGCCAUGAAGAAAAUUUCUCUAUUGUUUUUGCCGCUAUGGGUGUCAAUUUAGAAACUGCUAGAUUUUUCAAACAAGAUUUUGAAGAAAAUGGAUCCUUAGAGAGAACAUCAUUAUUUUUAAAUUUGGCUAAUGAUCCAACUAUUGAAAGAAUUAUUACACCAAGAUUAGCUUUAACUACGGCAGAAUAUUUAGCUUAUCAAACAGAUCGUCAUGUCUUGACCAUUUUGACAGAUAUGUCAUCAUAUGCUGAUGCGUUAAGAGAAGUUUCUGCAGCAAGAGAAGAAGUUCCAGGUAGAAGAGGUUACCCAGGUUAUAUGUAUACAGAUUUAUCUACAAUUUAUGAAAGAGCCGGGAGAGUGGAAGGACGUAAUGGGUCCAUUACACAAAUUCCAAUUUUGACCAUGCCAAAUGAUGAUAUUACACAUCCAAUUCCUGAUUUGACAGGUUAUAUUACUGAGGGUCAAAUUUCAGUUGAUCGUCAAUUACAUAAUAAGGGUGUCUAUCCACCAAUUAAUGUUUUACCAUCUUUGAGUAGAUUAAUGAAAUCAGCCAUUGGUGAAGGUAUGACAAGGAAGGAUCAUGGUGAUGUUUCUAAUCAAUUAUAUGCUAAAUAUGCUAUUGGUAGAGAUGCUGCUGCAAUGAAGGCAGUCGUUGGUGAAGAAGCGUUAUCUAUUGAAGAUAAGUUAUCAUUAGAAUUUUUAGAAAAAUUCGAAAAGACAUUUAUUUCUCAAGGUGCUUAUGAAAAUAGAACAGUUUUUGAAAGUUUGGAUCAAGCUUGGAGUUUAUUAAGAAUUUAUCCAAAGGAAAUGUUGAAUAGAAUUUCUCCAAAGGUUCUUGAUGAAUUCUAUGAUAGAGCAAGAGAUGAAGAUGAAGAUGACGAAGAAGAUCCAGAUUCUAGACCAUCUAAAUGA